AUGUCAAAUAUAUUAGAAAAGUCACUAGAUGACAUAAUUGGGGAAAAGAAACCCGAAAGAAAGUUUACACCCACAAAUAGAAGAGGCAGAGGAGGAGGACCAAGAGGACCAAUCUCACGUUUCCACCGUCAACAUCGAUCUCCACCGUAUAGCAGACGACAACCGGAUGUAUACAUCCCUCGUGGAGCAGCAGAGGCAACCACUAUGCCAAGCUCUUCUUCAAGCAUACCUCCAGAUGUAUUGCAAUUAGCCAAUGGACGUCCCACAUUACGAUUGAAAAAUAUCCACCCUGAUUUGAAUGGUGAUGAUUUAAACAAAUUGUUUUCAACAAUUAAUGAUGUUGAUUUUAUCAAGUUUGACGAAAAGAAUGAUACGAUUGCAUACAUAUGUUUCCAAAAUGAUUGUGAACGUAGUAAUUUAGAAGCAAUUGAAAAAUACGAUGGUAAGAAAGCUAUGCAAAAGAUUUUAAUUGUUGAAAACACAAUCAGUUUGGCUGAUAGGAUUAGUAUAGCUCCUAGACCAGUGAGACGAGAAGGGCUUGGUGGUUAUGCUGUGAGAAAUAGGGGAGGAUCAAGAGGAAGGAUUUCCAGCCGUCGUGGUGGUGGUGGCGCCGGUGCAGGCAGCAGAUCAGGUAGAGGACCAGCACCGAAAAAGAGUGCCGAGGAAUUGGAUAAAGAGUUGAACGAUUAUAUGGGUAAAUCCGACAAUGGUGAUGCUGGUGAAUCGAAUGGAGUUCCUGAGCAAGGAAAUGUAGAUACAGAUCUAGAUAUGAAUGGAUAA